GAGUGGUUAGAAUAGAAAUGUUACUAAAAAUAUUUUGUUUGUGUUCGGUGGUGGCGUGUGUGGUUUCCGCACCUCCCACAGAUGAGGUUCCACCAGAAAGGCUACAGCCAACAGUGAUUCCAAUAGUUUCACAAUCCGAGGAAUUUGAAGCUGAUGGAAAAUAUAAAUUUAGCUAUGAAACCGGGAACGGGAUCAAACGUGAAGAAACUUCUUUCGACAAAGUGGUUGAUGGCAAGGAAGCACGCAAACACAGUGACUGCAGCAACGAGGGGGGUGAAGAUGAUGACAGCGAUGAGAUCCACGUGCAGCAGGGAUCAUAUUCCUACACAGCACCAGAUGGCACCCUCAUCAGUGUAAAAUAUAUCGCAGACGAGAAUGGAUUUAGACCAGUUGGUAAUCAUAUCAAUCUUGGCCCUCAACCACCAGCGGAAUCCAGUCACUCCCACAAACACAAGCAUAAAUCUUCUCGAAAAUUAAAAGAGAGUGAAGAAGAUUCUUCAAAAUUUGAAUCCGAAGAAAAUCUUCCAACAGAAACCUCUGAAUCGGAAUCGAAUGAAAGUAUUUUGCCACCAAAUGGAGAUUUUGCAAAAAAGAUACCGAAAAAAGGGUCAAAGCAAGGCAAGGAUAACAAAAAGUCCGCUCCUAAAGAAUCCGGAAAACCAAUUACUGAAGAAGACGAAAUACUCAAUGAGAAAGACAAUGAAAAUUCUGCAUCUAAGAAAAGUAACAAGCUGAGUCACGAUUUGGAUGAAAAGCCAGAAUCUGGGAAAACUGAAAAGGUCGAAACUGAGGAAGGUGAAAAGUCUGCCACUAAGAAUGGUAAGCUGUCUAAAUCAUCUGCUAAUAAGGGAGACAAUAAGCCUGAAUCUGAGGAAAAUAAGAAGCCUGAAUCUGACGAAGGUAAGAAUCCUGAAUCAAAGGAAGGUCAAAAACUUGCAUCUGUAGGGGAGAAGUCUUCGCCUAAAGAAGGUGAGAAGUCUACACCUAAGGAAGGAGAGAAGCCCACACCUAUAGAAGGAGAGAAGCCCACACCUAAGGAAGGAGAGAAACCUGAGUCCAAGGAAGGUGAGAAGUCUACACCCAAGGAAGGCGAGCAACCUACACCUAAGAAAGGCGAAAUGCCAACACCUAAGGAAGGCGAGAAGCCUGUACCUAAAGAAAGCGAGAAACCUACACCUGAGGAAGGAGAGAAGCCCACACCUAAGGAAGGAGAGAAGCCCUCACCUAAGGAAGGAGAGAAGCCUACGCCUAAGGAAGGAGAGAAGCCUACGCCUAAGAAAGGAGAGAAGCCUACACCUAAGGAAGGAGAGAAGCCCACACCUAAGGAAGGUGAGAAACCUACACCUAAGGAAGGAGAGAAACUUGAGUCCAAGGAAAGUGAGAAGUCUACACCCAAGGAAGGUGAGAAACCUACACCUAAGAAAGCCGAGAAGCCCACACCUAAGGAAGGCGAGAAGCCUGCACCUAAGGAAGGCGAGAAGCCUGCACCUAAAGAAAGCGAGAAGCCUACACCUAAGGAAGGCGAGAAGUCUACACCUAAGGAAGGAGAGAAGCCUACACCUAAGGAGGGCGAGAAGCCUGCACCUAAAGAAGGUGAGAAGCCUAAACUUAAGGAAGGUGAGAAGCCUACAUCUAAGGAAGGAGAGAAAUCUACACCUAAGGAAGGAGAGAAGUCUACGCCUAAGGUAAGUGAGAAACCUGAGUCCAAGGAACGCAAGAAGUCUACACCUAAGAAAGAAGAGAAGCCUUCACCUAAAGAAGGAGAGAAGCCUACACCUAAGGUAGGAGAGAAGCCUAUACCUAAGGAAGGUGAGAAACCUGAGUCCAAGGAAGCCGAAAAGCCUACGCCAAAAAAAGGUGAAAAACCUGAGUCCAAGGAAGCUGAGACGCCCACACCUAAGGAAGGAGAGAAGCUUAAACCUAAGGAAGGAGAGAAGUCUUCACCUAAAGAAGGAGAGAAGCCUACACCUAAGGAAGGAGAGAAGCCUACGCCUAAGGAAGGUGAGAAACCUGAGUCCAAGGAAGCCGAAAAGCCUACGCCAAAAAAAGGUGAGAACCCUGAGUCCAAGGAAGCUGAGAAGACCACACCUAAGGAAGGAGAGAAGCCUUCACCUAAAGAAGGAGAGAAGCCUACACCUAAGGAAGGAGAGAAGCCUACGCCUAAGGAAGGUGAGAAACCUGAGUCCAAGGAAGCCGAAAAGCCUACGCCAAAAAAAGGUGAGAAACCUGAGUCCAAGGAAGUCGAGAAGCCCACAUCUAAGGAAGGAGAGAAACCUGAGUCGAAGGAAGGUGAAAAGCCUACACCCAAGGAAGGAGAGAAACCUGAGUCAAAGGAAGGUGAAAAGCCCACACCUAAGGAAGGAGAGAAGCCUACACCUAAGGAAGGCGAGAAGUCUACUCCUAAGGAAGGCGGGAAGUCUGCUCCUAAGGAUAUUGAGAAGCCAGCACCUAAGGAAGGCGAGAAGCCUACACCUAAGGAAGGAGAGAAACCUGAGUUGAAGGAAGGUGAAAAGCCUACACCCAAGGAAGGAGAGACACCUACGCCUAAGGAAGGCGAGAAGUCUACUCCUAAGGAUAUUGAGAAGCCAGCACCUAAGGAAGGCGAGAAGCCUACACCUAAGGAAGGAGAAAAGCCUACACCUAAAGAAGGAGAAAAACCUACGCCCAAGGAAGGCGAGAAGCCUACACCAAAGGAAGCUGAGAAGCCUACACCUAAGGAUGAUAAUAAGCCUGCACCAAAGGAUGGUGAGAAACCUGCAUCUAAAGAAGGAGAGAAACCUGCUACAUCUGCAAAGGAAGCACAAAACAUAUCAAAACAAGCCGUAGAUGUUGUUCAAGACGCUAAAGUGUCUGCCAAAGGUGCGGUUCAGUCUGCUAUGGAAGCGCUGCAAACUGCGGAGAAGGUUAUAAAAUCUAUAAAUAGAAAGCGUGCAGAAGGAGAUAAUAUGUCUGACAAAGACACGAUAGCACAUGCACAGUUAGCUAAGAACGCUGCCAAAGAGGCGCUGCAAGCGGCUCAAGUUGUUGGUAACGCUGCUGAAGCAGCAGAGAAAGCCGCGAACGAGGCUGUCAUUUUAGCUCAGUCGCUGCCCACAGUGUCUGAAAAUUCUCCAAGUGAUCCACCAAAGAAACCAGAAGAUAAUAAGGCUCCUGUAGAUGAUAAGUCUCACAAAGAAGUACCACCAAAAGCUGCGUAAAUAGUGACGAUACCGAAGUAAACAUCAAACGAUACUGGACACACGGUCUUGAACUCGGCCAAAAGCUAUUGUUACGGGUUAUUUAUUUUAAAUUGUUAUGUCUGUUGUAUAAAAAUGAAAUAAAAAUGUGAUAUUAUGUUUUCUAAGUCAA